AUGGACAUGGACAUGGACAUGGACAUGGACAUCGUCAUGGAUGGUAUUGUCCCGGAUCUCCUCGACUUCUCCGGUUACAGUACCACCACCCCUACUUCCGACGACGAUGCCGGCUGUAACUGGAGCCAAUGGUCCCCACUCGUCAACUGGGAAUGCUUCACCGGCGACCAAGACGACUUCCACGGCCUCAUUGACUCUAUCAUGGCAGAUCACGGCGUCGUGCAAGAAGCAUCAAGCGGUGACGGCUGCAACUCCGCUUCAACAACCACCACCACCACCACCACGGACGACGACGAAGGCAGCACCGGCGACAACUCGAAGGGCCUCCGGCUGGUUCACCUCCUGAUGGCGGCGGCGGAGGCCCUCACCGGAGGCAACAAGAGCCACGACCUGGCUCGAGCGAUAUUGGUUCGGCUCAAGGAGUUGGUGUCCCCAACAGAAGGCACCAACAUGGAGAGGCUCGCGGCGUAUUUUACCGAAGCCCUCCAGGGACUGCUAGAAGGCGCCACCGGUGCGCACAGCACAACAACAACAACAACCAACAAACAUUACGUCAUCAGUGGACCCCACCUCGACCAUAACAACCCCCAAACGGACAUGCUUGCAGCAUUCCAGCUUCUUCAGGACAUGUCACCAUACGUCAAGUUCGGCCACUUCACAGCCAAUCAGGCCAUCUUAGAAGCAGUGAUCCACGAGCGUAGGGUCCACAUCGUCGACUAUGAUGUCAUGGAAGGGGCCCAAUGGGCUUCCCUCAUUCAAGCACUCUCCUCCCGGAAAGAAGGCCCACCAGGCCCACACCUCCGCAUAACCGCAUUGUCCAGAGGCAAUGGCAGCGGACGCAGAUCCAUUGCCACCAUCCAAGAGACUGGACGGCGCUUGACGGCGUUUGCUGCAUCGAUCGGGCAACCGUUCUCGUUUCAUCAGUGCAGGUUGGACCCCGACGAAACGUUUCGACCGUGUUCUCUGAAACUCGUUCGCGGAGAGGCCUUAAUAUUCAACUGCAUGCUGCACCUGCCACACCUUAGCUACCGCGCACCCGAAUCGGUUGCUUCGUUCUUGAAUGGUGCCAAGGAGUUGAGCCCGAGACUUGUGACCCUGGCGGAGGAGGAGGUUGGGCCCGUUGGAGAUUCCGGUUUUGUGAGCCUGUUCAUGGACUCGCUCUACCACUACUCGUCGAUGUAUGAUUCCCUUGAGGAUGGGUUUCCCAUGCAGGGAUGCUCCCGGGCUUUGGUGGAGCGAGUGUUCUUGGGCCCACGAAUAACGGGCUCGGUGGCCCGGAUAUACCGGACGGGUGAGGGUGAGGAAGGGAGAGGGUCGUGGGGGGAGUGGUUGGGUGCGGCGGGGUUCAGAGGAGUUCCCCUAAGCUUCUCGAACCAUUUGCAAGCGAAGCUGUUGCUGGGUCUGUUUAAUGAUGGGUAUGAGGUGGAGGAGUUGCGUAACAAUAAGUUGGUGUUGCGUUGGAAAUCAAGGCGUUUAUUUUCGGCCUCUGUUUGGACUUCUAUUUUAGACUCUGAUUUGUAG